AAGAGCCUGUCGCUAUUGGUCUAUCUUCUUUUUAGAGAUAUAAUUACAGUUCGCAAUCUUUCUAAAAUAAUAAAAUAGUAAUGAUCUUGAUUCACUUUAAUUCAUCGGUGUUUUCUCUGCUCGCUACGUAUCAGGCGCAGGUAGCACGAACAAAAUCUCGUCCGUAAAGCCGUACUCGUGGGCGACGUAUAAAGUCGCGGACGGUCCGUAUCCGCGCUCCAGUCGGCGGCCGUGCCUUCUGCAUCCGCGCGCGUGCCGUCGUAUCCGUCAGAAUCCAUCGCACCGCGAUCCCGAGACGAGAAAGUGGCUCGCCAAGGGGAUCGCAGGAGAUUCGCGUUUCACUUUCCAAUCUUCGGGAAUCCACCAGCUGAGGACGAUACCGAAUAUAUUCGGGCGGAGUGCAUCGGGAUCGCGUCAGGAUGCGAGUCCCGACUGUGCUGAUCCUCGGGCUGCUGGUUGUCUGCGCCGUCGAUGGUAGCGUCGUAUCCGACGAAGCUCUAACUGCGAGCCUGCAAGACGCGUGGUACGAAGAUGAGUUCAUUAUCGCGUUAUCCAACAUCAGAGACAAGAGGAAGCACUCCGGCGGCUCGCUCGAGACCCUGCUGGCUGUGAAAUAUCGAGAACCGAAAAUGGUGCUCCUACUCGAUCGACGGACGAAGCGCGUUAUACUCGAGAGCAUGGAUGAUACCGGUCGACGCAGUGCCUCGCACGUCAACGUGGACAGCCUUGCGGUGAACACCCCUCUGAAGAGUCUGAUUAUCCUGGUGCAUCAGACGCAGCCUAAUUCUCGCAUGGACGUGUACGUCGACUGCGUUUACGAAGGUUCUAUACCGCUCAAGCAAACCUUCCGCGACAUAGCCGAGAUCGGGGACCAACCGUUAGUGGAAGUAUUUAAAGAACGAAAAUGCCGAAUAAAAGUGUAUCAGCCUGCCACCAUCACUGAGGUGCUGAAGAAAGAGCAAUGUCCCGAUAAUUUAGCCGAAAUGAAGCAGCCUUCAGUAUUCGAUAACCAACCGAAAGCACAACCUAUCGAUUCCGAGGAAGACGAUCAAAAGAAAUUUCCCGAUCGACCUGACGGGAACGAAUCAAGUGACGGAAUCGACGGAGGGGGAUCGAGCACAUCAGAUCAUAACGGUUUGCCGUCUUCCAGUAGUCCGAAACAUCCCUUGGAUCAUAAGAAACCUUCCGACAAGAAGGAUCAUCAUGGUCGUCCGAGCGAUCGACCCAAGAAGAAAGAUCACUCGGGUCGUCCAGAUAGCAAAAGCAAACCCAACAAACACGAUCCGCACGACUCUGCCAAUCCGUUUUCUCAACCUGGAAAAUCGGGCGAAACGGACGAUCUUGACUACCCAGAUGGAUCUCAACCAUCGUCAUUCACUCCUAAAGGACAUCGACCUAAGAGACCACAUCAAUUUGGACCACCCACUAAACGACCCGAUAGUCAUUCAAAUUCGAAACCCAAUAAAUUGAAUCCAUCCGACUCCGAUAAGUCUGGAGCUGGAUCAGAUGAGUCGGACGGUCUUGAUCCAAACGGAUCUCGUCCUCCACCGUUCACGUCGCAGCCUCUGCAUUUCACCGCGGCACAUCGUCCUACUAAACGUCCUAAGAUACCUGGGCUCGCUAAACCCGAUCACACAGGUUCGAAGCCCGACAAACCGAAUUUGUUUGGCUCUGACAAACGACCUGACGGAUCGAGUCCAUACGAUUCUAAUAAGAAUCCUUCCCUAACGCCAGAUGGAUCAGACGAGACUGGAUCUCCCAACAGUUCCAAGCGACCUGGUCGUAGUCCGUACUCCGCUGGUCCAGGUCAGGACGGAUACGAUUCGAAUCAGACGGACAUGCCGGACUCGUCGGACGAAUCAUCCGGCAAAAGAGUGCCCAGGAGAGGCGACAUCGGGAUCCAGAGUCUGGACGAGAGAGUCUGCCAGACCGACGAUCAACUCGUGAAAACCUUGAACGAAUUAAUCAACGCUACCAAGCAACUUUGGAGGGAACUGGAACUAAAUAGGAUGGAAACCCAGCAUCUUCGUCACUUGAUCGAAAACUGCUCGGCGUGUCGUACACCCAUCGUGACACCGCCGCCGUCCACGUGCGACCAUAACUCCCCGUGCUACCCCGGCGUCGAUUGCCGUAACACACCGAGCGGACCCCAGUGCGGACCCUGUCAUCGCGGUUACACCGGAAACGGGCGGGUCUGCUCCAAAAUCAAUGUCAUCACCUGCAUUCAACGGCCGUGCUAUCAGGGGGUGCGGUGUUACGACGACGACGACAAUGGUUACAGAUGCGGCAGAUGUCCAAGCGGAUACGAAGGCGACGGUGAAAGAUGCGAAAGGAUGAGAAAUCCCUGCGACCAUCACCCCUGUCAUCCGGAAGUUAAAUGCUACCCCACUCACAGCCCACCAUAUUUCAAAUGCGGCUCAUGUCCAUUGGGAUACGUGGGUAACGGCACGUCCUGCCACGACGCGAACGAAUGCGAGCUGGCGCGACCCUGUCACCCUGGAGUGCGGUGCAUUAAUCUCCAUCCCGGAUACAGAUGCGACCGGUGUCCAACGGGUUACACGGGACCCAUGACGGAAGGCGUCGGUGUCGAGAUGGCCAGGACGCGGAAACAGAUCUGCCAGGACAUAAACGAGUGCGACAUCAAUAACGGCGGAUGCGAUCCCCAUUCCGAAUGUAUUAACACGGAGGGAUCCUACAGAUGCGGCCCGUGCAGAGGCGGUUAUAUCGGCAAUCAAACGUCAGGAUGUCAUCUUCAGCAUGACGUCUGUCCGGACAUGGUAACGGUUUGUGAUGUUAAUGCUAAUUGCAUCGCCAGGUACACCAACGAAUAUGUAUGCAAGUGUCGCGUCGGCUGGGCCGGAAACGGAUAUAGUUGCGGUCCCGACAGCGACAGCGACGGCAUCCCCGACAGGAGCCUUCGCUGCCACGACCGUCGUCGCUGUCACGCCGACAAUUGUCCGACGGUGCCGAACAGCGGCCAGGAAGACGCCGACGAGGAUGGAACCGGCGACGCUUGCGACGACGACGCGGACAACGACGGCGUAUUGAAUCUGUCCGACAACUGUCUGCACAUUUAUAAUCCGAACCAGCUGGACAGCGACAGCGACAAGAUCGGCGACGCCUGCGACAAUUGCCCGUUGAAUUGGAAUCCGCAUCAGGAAGACUACGACGAUGACGGCUCGGGCGACGCGUGCGAUCACGAUCUGGAUAAUGACGGUAUAUACAACACUCAGGACAACUGUCUCAAGAUAAAGAAUUCGGAUCAGCGCGACAGUGAUGCGGACGGCAUCGGCGACGUCUGCGACAAUUGUCCUGCCAUUAGCAAUCCCGACCAAGCGGAUAUUGAUGCCGACGGCGUCGGGGAUGUUUGUGACACCAACGCGGAUCGCGACAGGGAUGGCGUCCAGGACGACAAGGAUAAUUGCCCGGACAUGCCGAAUCCCGGACAGAACGACGGCGACCACGAUGGCUUCGGCGACGACUGCGACGACGACAUCGACGGGGAUGGUAUACCCAACAGGAGCGAUAACUGUCCUUACGUCUACAAUCCGGAUCAACGUAGCACUCACGGCAGAGGCAUUGGUGAUGCAUGCUGGAACGACAACGACAAUGACACGGUUAUCAACAUCGAGGAUAAUUGUCCUAAUAACAGUAUGAUAUGGGCGACAGAUUUCCGUAAAUACACCACGGUCGCUCUCGAUCCACACGGUACCUCGCAGCAAGAUCCCGUGUGGAAAAUUCAUAAUCAAGGUGCUGAGAUCCAACAGACUCUUAACAGCGAUCCCGGAAUCGCGAUAGGAGCGGACGAGCUGAGUAACGUCGACUUCGAAGGAACCUUCUACAUUGAUAAUCACGACGACGACGAUGAUUUUGCGGGCUUCGUCUUUUCCUACCAGGAUAAUCGACAUUUUUACGUUGUUUAUUGGAAGAAGGGAGAGCAGGUCUAUUGGGAACCGGCUCCAUUCCGUGCCGAAGCAGAUCCCGGGAUUGUAUUGAAGCUCGUCCAGUCCGAGACCGGGCCGGGCGAGAUGCUCCGAAACAGCCUCUGGCACAAGGAGGACACGCCUAAUCAGGUGAGGGUCCUGUGGAAGGACCCGAGAAAGUUCGGCUGGCAGCCAAGGGUGUCGUACAGGUGGCAUCUGUUGCACAGGCCUAAGAUCGGCCUGAUCAGAUUCUGGUUGUAUCAGGGCACGCAGCUGGUAACCGACUCCGGGAACGUGUUCGACUCGACUCUGCAGGGCGGUAAACUAGGUGUCUAUUGCUUCUCGCAGGAGAUGAUCACCUGGUCGGAUUUGAUGUAUAGGUGCACAGAUACUGUGCCUCAACCUGUGUGGGAUCAGUUACCUGAUAAUUUAAAGAGGGAGGUUCAGGCGGAGAUUGCUUCCAACUACCAACAGCAAAUAAUACAACGCAGAAUGAAUUACGACUUCUAAAACAGGCUCUCGAUGAUUUACCGUAACGAGUAAAUGAAGAAGGGGAGGAUCGCGAGGAUCAGAUCUAAAUCUUCAUAAUUUUAAUUUUAAAAUAAUCGAGGAGCCACGAGCGAAUUAUAAUCUACUAUAAUAAAACGUCAAAAUAUGCGUAUUUCUGACGCAUUUAAAUAAACUUAAUUUACAUAAAUUUGAAAUUUUAUGAUAAAUUUUGUAUAUUUUAUAUAUAUAGAUGUCUUGUGUAACAAAAAGAUAUUUAAUAUUUCACAAAAUGACGAAUAUAUUUCUCCUACUUAACCCAUUAAUCAAUUUUUAUUGUAUUUAGAAAAGUUGUAUUAUCUCAGUUUCGCUAAAAAUCAAACGUACUUACCUUGUGCAGACGUAGAGAAUAAUACGGAAUCACGAUAUAUCGAUUAAUAUGUACGUUAACUGUAGUCUGAGAUGUAUGGAAUCGUAAUGAUUUUAAUGACUUUUUGCAUUUAUUUGUAUCUCUCUAAGGUGCAACUUGCAUAAAAAUAAUUUUCGUAUUUAAUAGAGCAAAAUAAAAUAAUAAUCGUCAAUA